AUGACCAAACAGAACAUGGAAUCACAGUCUGCUACAAUCAAGCGUCUUGAGACAACCGUUGGACAACUCUCAGGGACCUUGAACCAGAUGCAACAGCAGCAACAGCCAGUGAAACUCCAUGGACAAGGAUUGCAACCUCAUCAAGCUCAAGCUGUUACAGUCUUACAGAGUGGGAAGAAAGUGGACAACAAAGUGGAGACCCCCACUGACGAGCUCCCUAAAGAAACUCGUGAGGAGGAGAUGGUGAAAGAAUUACCCCCACCGAGAGAAGAAGAGCAGCAAGGAGAGCCCUCAGUGACGCUUCACAAGGCCACCAAGCCCUACAGACCACCGAUUCCGUACCCAGGUCGGUUGAGGAACGAGAAGCAAGAUCAACAAUUCACCGACUUCUACAACAUGUUGGCAAAGGUGAAUGUCAACUUACCACUUCUGGACGUGAUCAGAAAUGUACCGGCCUAUGUGAAGUUCUUUAAGGAGCUAGCAUCCAAGAAGAGGAAGUUUAUUGACAAUGAGAAGAUUCUUGUGUCCGAGGUUGCCAAUUCCAUCAUGCAACAACCCUUGCCACCCAAGCAACGAGAUCCAGAUAGAUCUGUUAGGUAUCCUCGCGGGGUCAUUGAGGAUGUUCUAGUUAGAGUGGGAGGUUUGAUCGUGCCUGUCGAUUUUGUUGUGCUUGAGAUAGGAGAAGUUCAUGAGAAUGGCAAGGAGCAUACUUUACUGCUAGGAAGACCAUUCAUGGCCACCACUAACACGUUGAUUGAUGUGAAAAAUGGAACAAUAAAAAUGACCAUGUUAGGAGAGUCCGUGUCUUUUUCUGUGCAUCAUACUCGCGCUUUGCCAUCAUCUUCAUUUACUAAUGAAUGCUCUUAUAUAGAUGCUAUUGAUGGCCUCACCGAGAUGGUUUAUGUGCAGGAACAAGAGAUAGUGGAGGUCUUUGCAGGAUCGGCGGAUAUGGAGGAGUUUGCUCGGGAAGCCGAGGAAAGAGAGAGAGAAUGA